AUGAGUAUAUCAACGAAAAACACGGAUGACUGUAUUUUUUGCCGUGUGACUGGAACAGUACUAUUUGGAGGUGUAUCAUUUUAUUCAUAUUUGAAAUUUUUACAAGCAAAAAAAAAAACAGGAGAUAGAGUUUUUUUUGGAUUUAUGUUUGCCUGUUUUGGAAUUUUAUCGAUAUAUAGAGCAAGUACACCAGCACGAAGUAUUACACAAAAAACAAAAAACCAAGAGAAUUAG